UCAUCGUACACAUCACGAAAUGUUUACAAAAAAAAAUUCAACACCCCCAAAAAUUACAAAUAUAUAAUAUCGCACAACAGGAGUAUUCCCUGCUCUCAACGUUUUAUUAUCAAGAAAUGGCGAACAAUAAAUUGAGGGUGAAGUUUUCCCUGAGUGAGCCCUCGAAUGUUGCAGUACAGGGAAAUAUAAACGUACAAUUACGAGAGGCAUAAUAAAUCGUAAUUAUUCUCUAUUCUCCCCCAACAAAAGUUCCGUAGAAAGACGCAAAUCGAAGGGGUGGUAUUGUCUCCAGACGGAUACAAUGGAAAAAAUUGUUUCGACUAUCUAGAGAAGAAUUUAAAGAAAUUCGUUGGGACAAUAGAAAAAGGGGAGAAAUAUCGUGGCACAUCGACAUAUGGUUGACAUUUUUAAUCAACGGUGAAUACUAAAUGAUGUGAGUGGAGUAUACGGAGUGAAUUGUCUUGUCAUUAUUCUGACUUCAGUCAAAAGAAACAACCGACAUGGCAAUAUUGAGCGAAAAUUUUCGCUUCCUUUAUUAUUUCGGUAUAUGGCCGUCAGUUUAUUGGCACUCGAGAUCCUGGAAGACUGCUGUCUAUUCCAUCUACACCAGCUACAUCAUCUCCAGUAUUUACUGGUUCACAAUAUCAGGGUCAAUCUAUUUACUCGUUAUAACUGACGACGUUGAGGACUUCUCUGAUGCUUCAUUUAUGCUGCUAUCACUGCUCGCUCUGUGCGCUAAAAUAGUUGUAACUAUUUCCAAAAGAUCGGAGAUCGUUGAAGUCAUAGCAGCCCUUGAAAAUUAUCCGUACAAACCGGUGGAUCCAGACACUCAGAUGGUGCAGGAUAAAGUCGAUGAAUACAUCAGAUUGUGUACAAUUAUUUAUGGUGGACUCGGGGAAGCUUCCGUGUGCUGUGGCACCAUUGCUCCUUUUUUUCAAAAUAUACCUUUUGGAUUUUUCCCGUAUAAAGCUUGGGUUCCUUAUGAUUAUUCCGAUCCUGGAAUUUAUUGGUUUACUUUUUGUCAGCAACUUGCCACUGUCUUUAUCGCUGCUAAUAUCAAUAUUGGGUUUGACACCGUUGUAUUUGGAUUACUCAUGCAAGUGUGCGCGCAAUUCAAGAUGCUGAAGCAUCGGCUGGAGAUGAUCAUCCAUGAAUAUUCUGAAGAGCGAAUCAUGACGGGGGACAAAAUCAAUUUUGCUCUCAUGAAGAAUUAUGAGGAAUGUAUCACUGAGUGUAUUAAAUCUCACGUUGCGAUAUUCAGAUUAUUCGACAAGAUAAACUCCAUCUUCUCCAGCUUAAUUUUUAUCCAGUACUCUGUAUCAUCGAUCAUCAUUUGUAGCUCUGUGUUGCUGUUAUCACAUAUUCCCGUAUCUUCUUCAAAAUUCCAGUUAAUUAUGAUGUACAUGUUAUGCAUGUUAUCGCAAAUUUUCAUCUGGUGUGCAGCUGGAAAUGAAGCGACUCUCGAAGGUCAAUCCAUAGCGAGAGCGAUCUACAAUACAGAAUGGUAUUACCUGACUGACAAUAUGAAGAAAAAACUGGAAUUUAUGAUGUUCCGUUCAAUGAAGCCAAUUAUCUUCGUGAGUUAUCACAUCGUCGUCCUCUCAUUGCAGUCUUUCUGCGUUCUCCUGAAAACCUCUUACACAGCCUACACGAUGCUGCAGCAAUUUUCUUAUUGACGUCGUGUCCGCGAUCACCAUUUCCACAUGUUGAAAAUGCAGAUGAAUAAUUAUUUUAUAUGACCCUAAUUGCAUCUUUAAAAUUAGAUCCAUUCGUGAUAUUUUAUUGUUUCCAUUGAAAAUGAAAAAUAGUACGAGCGAACUCUAUUUCUGUUUUUUUUUUCGAUUGUCAUUUCACUGGCAAGAAUUGAACGGGGGAGGG